UGGUUCUCCUGCACCUCUGAAAUCCCCCCCUUCUUUCCCUCCCCUCCAGUUCAGCCCACGGUGAAGAUCUCCCCCACCAAGGCCGAGCCCCUGUCCCACCACACCCUCCUGAUCUGCACCGCGGCAGGAUAUUACCCCUCGGAGAUUAAGAUCAAGUGGCUGAAGAAUGGGCAGGAGCAGACGGAGGGGGUGGGGUACUCGGAUGCGCUCCAGAACGGAGACUGGACCUUCCAGAACCAGGUGAUGCUGGAGACGGUGCCCGAGCGGGGAGAUGUCUACGCCUGCCAGGUGGAGCACAGCAGCCGGGAGGAGCCCAUCACUGUGCAGUGGGAGCCAGAGACGUCGGACUCUGCCAAGAGCAAAGUGUGGACGGGGGUCGUGGGGGCCGUGCUGGGGCUGGUCUUUGUGGCCGUGGGACUUUUCCUCUACCUGAAGAGCGGGAAAUCCGCCCGUUUCCUGCACCAGGGCAAACUCGAGUGCCGCUUCGCCAACGGGACUCGCGGCCAGGUGCGCUACCUGCAGAGGUACAUCUACGACCGGCAGGAGUUCGCGCGCUUCGACAGCCGCCGCGGGACCUACGAGGCCGUCACGGAGCUGGGCCGGCCCGAUGCCGCCUACUUGAACAGCCAGAAGGAGGUCCUGGACUACCUGCGGGGCGAGGUGGAUCGCCUCUGCCGCCACAACUACGCGGUGCUGGAGCCCGGGCCGGCCAUCGGCAGGAAGGUUCAGCCCACGGUGAAGAUCUCCCCCACCAAGGCUGAGCCCCUGUCCCACCACAGCCUCCUGAUCUGCACUGCGGCAGGAUAUUACCCCUCGGAGAUUAAGAUCAAGUGGCUGAAGAACGGGCAGGAGCAGACGGAGGGGGUGGGGUACUCGGAGGAGCUCCAGAACGGAGACUGGACCUUCCAGAACCAGGUGAUGCUGGAGACAGUGCCUGAGAGGGGAGACAUCUACGCCUGCCAGGUGGAGCACAGCAGCCGGGAGGAGCCGAUCACCGUGCAGUGGGAGCCACAGACGUCAGACUCUGCCAAGAGCAAAGUGUGGACGGGGGUCGUGGGCGCCGUGCUGGGGCUGGUCUUUGUGGCCGUGGGACUCGCCCUCUACCUGAAGAGCGGGAAAGCGACUCCCCUCCCACCUGCUACAGCCCUCAUCAGUUAACCCUUCCUGCCCUGGAUCCAACCUGUGGAAGGGCCUUUCCUGUCGCAAAUGCCCCCCCUCCUGUCCUUUCCUUUGGGGAGGGGCGUUGCAGGGGCUGAAGAUGGACGGAGGAAGGGCUGCUUGUGGCCGGAGCUGCUCCCCCCUCCCUGCAACUGGCUUCUUCUGUGCUUCUCUUUUAUUACUUGUGGGGAGGGGUGGGGAGUCAAUCCUGCCAUGCCAUGAUCCUGCCCAGUCCUCUGUAUGCUUCAUCAGGAGGGUUGCCAACUCUGGCUUGGGAAAUGCCUGGAGAAUUGGGGGUGGAGGCUGGGGAGGGUGGGGCUGGGGGCACAGCACAGUUUAAUGCUAUCGAGUCCAUCCUCCAAGGCAGCUGUUUCCUCCAGGGCAACAGAGCAGCAGAAGUUCCAGGAGGUAUCCAGACCCCACCUGGAGGUUGGCAACCCCACUCAUCAGGGGCAGACAUGGCAUGAGAUCCUUCCCCUCCUCUUGGCAGGGCCGAAUGGCACCUGUGGGCCCUUCUCCUUGGGCAAGGGGUGUUCUGUGUUCAGCCUCUGUGUGGCUCUCUCAGCAACCUCAAUUGUGGCAUCAUCGAAAUUCGCCUUUGAAAUACUGAUUUCGCGUUUUUUGCCUGGCUGCUACGGAGACCCCUGCCCGCCCCUCUCUGGACUCGCUCAACACUCAAGUCUCAGUUGUGGCAUCCAUGACCGGAGGAUGAGAAUUGCUGUUGGAAACAGAUCACAAUUUUUUAAAAAUUUGUCAUUUCCAGAAUUCCUUCGUGCUCCUUAGCUUGGACUCACUCUGAUUGGAGGGACCGUCUAAUAAAAG